CUCACACUCCGUAGGGGCACAACUCAUGGAAGCUGUUGAGAAGUAAGUAGGCUUCGACUGGUGAGCUGCCUAAUGACAUCCGGGGGGGGGAUAGUCCUGGGAGAAGUGAGCUCAGCGGGAGGAGUCCAGGUGACCGUCCGCUGGGACAUUUCCACCGAGGACAAAGUAGGCUGCCUUUUUUUCUCCGCAGCCAUUAACAGAAGGAGCUGAGUGACAAGGAGUCUCAUCUUUUAUCGUCAAUCCUUUGCGAAGGAUCCCAUAACUUUCACGUGGAGAGUCGAUCUGACCGUGCAGCUCACACGUGUUGAUGGUUCCGUGGUUUUGUUGCCGACGCUUAAGGACAGCUUCUAAUCGUCGUUAUGAAAUGGGAGAAGUUAAAGCCUCCGGAGCCAGACGACCCGAUGUGUUGCUGUGAGUGUGACAUCGACCAGUACGGAUGCUGCUGUGACUGUGAGGAUCUCGAUGGAGCCUUCAACAGGUGGCUGAAAGAAAGACCCCCCGGUGGCGGAGGCGGAGGCGGGCCUCCUUCGCGCGGCGCCAUCAUUGACAAACUGGAGCUCUCCAUGAUCCCCGUCCUGGUGCUGCUGCCUCUCCUGCUGCGGGUGGCGGCGCUGCACUACCUGCUGGGCGCCGUCAUCCUGACGGCCCUGCCCGGCCUGGUGCUGUGCUACUACUACGCCACGCACCGCAGGAAGACGCGCACCCUCUUCUUCCUCACCCUGGCUCUCUUCUCGCUGUUCUACAUGUAUUACCUCUUCGUGGCGGAGAUUUUGCCCCGCGGGGACGUCGGGCGGCUGCAGCAGUGUGCCGUGACCGCGGGGGUGAUCCUCACCGUGGCGGGCCUCGUUCGCACCAAGAGAGGCCCCGGGGUGGUCACCGCUUCGCUGCGGGAGGCCGGCGGCGAGACCCCCGCGCGCCCUCCCGGGUCCACCGCCCCGUCGGCCAAAUGGAGCGCCUGCCCCGUGUGCGAAAUAGUGCGGCCCCCGCGGGCCGGACACUGCCGGACCUGUGGGUCAUGCGUCCAGCGCCUGGACCACCACUGCAUCUGGAUAAACAGCUGUGUCGGACAGGCGAACCAUCGCAGUUUCCUGCUGACCCUGUGUGUGUUCCUGAUGACCUCGCUGUACGGCAUCAGCCUGGUGCUCCGCAGCCUCUGUCCUCGACAGCCUCUGGUGACGGCUCUCCUCUACUGCCCCGGCGUCUACGCUCACUCCAGCACGGCCCUUUGCUUCACUUGUGCUUGGUACAGCAGCAUCGUCACGUGUGGACUCAUUUACCUUCUGGUGGUGCAAGUGGUGAACAUCAGCUUCAACGUGACGGAGCGGGAGGCUCUGCUGGCCCUGAGGAAGAAAACGGGCCGCAGGCGCCUGUGGGGACUCGUCAUCGACACGGGAGAGCAUUCGCGCGGCUUCUACCACAACUGGGUUGAGUUCCUCACCAUGGCGGACGCCUCGGCGUCUCCUCGCUCCGGCCUCCCUGACUUAGUAUAGCUCCCCUCUGUACUCUCUACUCACAUCGGGAUAACAGACUGUUUGAAUUGCAUCAUGUGCAUUGCUUAGAAAGUAUCAGCUGAUGUCUUCCAAUGCUUUUUUGCAUUCGAGGCUCCUACCAUACAUAUCUACCAUACUAAAAACACUAUUUGGACUACAUGGAGACUAGUAAUCAAAUCCAAAGUUGUACUUUUUUUUUUUUUACCGUAUGCAGAUUAAACACUAAAAGAAAAAUCAAGAACAAGCGAACGAGGAACGACAGCUCCGUGCCUCAGGAAUCUUCCUUUGGAGGCGUCCCUGUGAAGAUCGUCUGAGUCAAGCAGAUAGAAAUGAAGCUCGGCCUAAAGAGAACCCGUUGCCUUUCCCAGGGGCCUCCUCUCCCCCUGUGGGUACGCCAUCAGCUGAUUGGGGGUUGGCGGGCUCGUUGAGUAGCAGCCAACCAAACACGGGCAUCGUUUCCGUACUGAACCAAUCGGCAUGGUUGCUAAAAGCUGUUCUCCUGCCUCCUCUCAUCUCAGCAUCCCUACGGCUGGAUGGAGUCCAAGCCUCAAACAACUUUGCACUUAAAAUAUUUAUGCAUGUUUAAUGAAUGCAUUGUUAAAAAUUCAGAAGUCUUUCCUGAUUGUAAUGCCCCCCCCACCCCCCCCUCCCCGCCCCGCACUUUAGUGAAACCUGUUUAUUCAGCAUUGGAUGACACGCAAUGGACAUGGAAAUGUGGCACAGGCCAAUGGAGCGAUGCAUCGGACCCCUGUGAGUCAGAUGUGGGUGUGCUGUCAUAACUUCCUGGAUCUCCUCUGUUAUGAUUGAUGCGAUCUGUUUUAACUUCAUAUUCUCCUCUGCUUUGCUCGGAGGUAUUGAUUUUUUUCUAAUGGUUGUUGUCCAUUGCUGUCCGACCAGUGCCAGUAGUUCUCCUUUUAGCCAGUGCUGACCUACACAUUUUAAGACCUGCGAGGUUUGUUUCUGUGAAUAAUCACUUGCCUAUAUAAUUAAUUUAUAUUAAGGUGAAAGCCACAGUCCAUAACUUAUAACAUUUAAUGUGUGCAGGUAAUUAUUUUCACUCUUUUAUAGGUAAAUAAACAGCAAACUGACCAGAGAA